AUGGACUGCUUGUCACGGCUCCUCCUCAUCUCAUUCCUUCCGUCCGUGUGGGCGGUCGCCGUCGCCACCGCGGCACGGCGGAGCCCCGGCUGCGCAACGAGGUGCGGCGACAUGGACGUCCCGUACCCGUUCGGCCUGGACCCGCAGUGCGCCAUCCACGACGGCUUCCAGCUCAACUGCACCACCGUCGGCCGCGCCACCAAGCUGUUGUACCUAGACGUGGAGGUGACGAAGAUCUCCGUGCAGGACGGCAAGGCCUGGCUCAUGACUCUGAUCUCUCGGCAGUGCUACAACCAGACCACGAACGACAUGUCCUAUGACAACGCGUGGGUCAACGCUACCGACACGCCCUACGUGCUAUCGGCAGACGACAACAAGAUCAUCGUCCUCGGGUGCAAUAGCAUGGCCUACAUGCAGAGCGACUCUUACGUAAUCGGCUGCAUGUCCACAUGCGACGACCCACCCAAGAACGGCUCAUGCUCCGGCACCGCAGGCUGCUGUGAGGCGGAGCUCCCGAGAGGGGUCCGGUAUUACCAAGGCUUCUUCAACGAGCUAUACAACACCACUCGGAUAUGGAGGAAGGCCCCCUGCAACUAUAUCACCGUGAUGGAGAGCGCGGCCUUCAACUUCAGCACCACCUACCUCACCUCGACGGCGUUCUACGACGCGGACGACUCGAGGACCCCGGUGGUGAUGGAGUGGGGGAUUGCACGGCAGACGUGUGAAGAAGCCAAGGCCAACGAGACUGCGUAUGCGUGUGUCAGCGACCAUAGCGACUGUGUCUAUAGUGAUGCCGCCGGCUACCGCUGUAGGUGCUCCAGCGGAUUCGAAGGCAACCCUUACAUCCUAGAUGGAUGCACAGAUAUUAACGAGUGCUUGGACAAUGCUACUUACCCCUGCGCUGGAAUAUGCGAAAAUACACUCGGGGAUUUCACAUGUUCAUGCCCACGAGGAAGAAACAUGAUCAAUGGCGUUUGCGUCAAAAGUCAGAGGUCAACCUGGAUGGUGCCGGUUGUUGGUGCAAGUGUUGGACUCGCGACUCUUGUGAUCGGAAUCACUUGCGCGUACCUGGUCCGAGAACGGCGAAAGCUGCACCGCAUCAAGCAGAGGUAUUUCCGACGGCACGGCGGUCUGCUUCUAUUCGAGGAGAUGAAAUCACAGCACAACCAGGGCGCCGCCGCGUUCACGAUCUUCUCCGAAGAGGAACUGCAGCAAGCCACGGCCAAUUUCGACGGGCAGCGAGUCCUCGGCCACGGAGGCCACGGAACCGUCUACAAGGGAGUCCUGAAUAAGAGCGGCACCGAGAUCGCCGUGAAGCGGUGCAUGACGAUCGACGAGCAGCAGAAGAAAGAGUUCGGCAAGGAGAUGCUCAUCCUGUCCCAGAUCAACCACAGGAACAUCGUGAAGCUCCUCGGCUGCUGCCUCGAGGUCGAGGUCCCCAUGCUCGUCUACGAGUUCAUCCCGAACGGCACGCUGUUCGAUCUCAUCCACGGCGACCACCACAGGCAGCAGCACGUCUCGCUGGACACUCGCCUGAGGAUCGCCUACGAGUCUGCCGAGGCACUGGCCUACCUCCAUUCCUGCGCAUCGCCGCCGAUCCUCCACGGCGACGUCAAGUCGACCAACAUCCUCCUUGACGGCGACUACACGGCCAAAGUCUCCGAUUUUGGCGCGUCCAUCCUGGCGCCGAAUGACAAGUCACAGUUUGUCACGGUUGUCCAAGGGACGUGCGGGUACCUUGAUCCGGAGUACAUGCAGACAUACGAGUUGACAGACAAGAGCGACGUGUACAGCUUCGGAGUUGUUCUCCUGGAGUUGCUCACGGGCAAGAAGGCGUUCAACCUGGAAGGGCCUGAGAAGGACAGGAGUCUGUCGAUGAGGUUUCUGUAUGCGAUGAAGGAAAACAAGCUUGAGGAUAUCGUGGAUGAUCAGAUCAAGAACAGUGAGAACAUCGAGUAUCUCGAGGAGAUUGCAGAGUUAGCGAGGCGGUGCUUAGAGAUGAGUGGUGUGAAUAGGCCAACUAUGAAGGAAGUUGCAGAUAGGCUUGAUAGGUUGAGGAAGAUCAUGCAACAUCCAUGGGCACAUGAGAAUCCUGAAGAAUUGGACAAGUUGCUUGGAGAGCCGUCUACAGCCAACUCGACUGCUACUACUGGGAAUUUCAGCAUCACAAAGAGAGCUGCCAUAGGCUUGGAAUCAGGGCGUUAG